UGGCUGACCGCCGGCAGGCCGGCACGGCUCGGGACGCGGAGGGCGGCCCCUGAGGGCUCGGCUCUGCGGCUGCGUUCAGGCUGUGCUGGGCUCCUUUCCGGGCAGCGAGAGCGUGACCAUCGGAGAAAGAAAAGCGCAGCUGUCCGCUGCAAUAAAAGCUCAGACGGCCCACAGGAGAACGGCCUCGCUUACAGCAGCCCGGUGAAAAUGGAGACGUUUCUGCCCCGGGCAGCACGGGCUGGGCCUGCUGCGUUGUGCAUUGCUUGCUGCCCUUACAGCGGCACGGGCUGCUCUCAGUGAGCUUCCUCUUCUGCCGCCCUGCUGUCAGUGGGAGACGAGGUUCCCCCACAUCCAGAGAUGGGUAGCAGCACUGGUUUGCUCACAGGAGGCAGUGAGCAAUAAAAAACGAUUAACUGCCAGGUUUUGAUGCCUUGUUUUUCUGCACAAAGUACAAAGAUUUUAAGAGGUCAGAGUUUUGAAAUCCAGGCGGCAUAGUUAAGCUGCUAAUUCGCGUUGGGCUUUAUCUGUGCUUAUAUGGCUGUACUCAAAGAGUGAGGUUACUCAUCUAAUGAGCAGUUUGCAGGACUUAGACCUGCGUGCUUGUUUCUAUGCAGCCUGUAAAAUAAUACCAUUGGCAGACAGGCUCCAUGGUGAGAUGGUAGCUUAACUCUGCUGAGUGGGCCCUGCAGAGGUCAGCCCACCCCAUGCUGUGCUGUCAGCUGGCAUCAGGCUGUACCAGGUUCCGCAGUGCCUGGUGCAGAGGGACCUGGGCUUGCUGUAGGAGCUCCUUAGAGGGAGUGUUCGACUUCUUGAAAGGCUAAUUAAGAGCAACCUGUUGGCACAGCUGGAGGAAUUUGGCAGGAUGAGGCCUGUCAUUGUGGUGCAUGGUGGAGCUGGCCGGAUCUUCAAAGAACGAGAAGAGGGAUGCCGUACUGGUGUCGUCAGAGCUGCGCUGAGGGGUUACAGUGUCCUGAAACAAGGAGGCAGCGCCUUAGAUGCAGUAGAGGAGGCAGUACGGUCAAUGGAAGAUGACCCUCAUUUUAAUGCUGGCUGUGGUUCUGUUCUUAAUGAAAAAGGUGAAGUAGAAAUGGAUGCCAUUAUCAUGGAUGGAAAAAAUCUAGCCUCUGGAGCAGUGUCUGCAGUUAAAUGUAUAGCAAACCCAAUAAAACUUGCUCGACUUGUCAUGGAAAAGACAAAGCACAUGCUGCUAACUGACCAUGGUGCACAACUCUUCGCUCAAGCCAUGGGUGUUCCUGAGAUUCCAGGGGAGAAACUCGUAACUGAAAGAUCUCGGGAGAGGUGGAAGAAGAACCUUGAGCCAGAUUCCAACCCUGUGGAGUUCCAGAAAGACCUGGGAACAGUCGGUGCUGUUGCUAUAGACAGUGAAGGAAAUGUAGCUUGUGCAACAUCCACUGGAGGACUCUCUAACAAAUUGGUUGGCCGUGUUGGUGACACAGCAUGCAUAGGAAGUGGAGGUUAUGCUGACAACUGUUCUGGUGCCACUUCAACCACGGGACAUGGAGAGAGCAUUAUGAAAGUAGUCUUAGCCCGACUGGUCCUCUGUCACAUGGAGCAAGGAAUGUCACCAGAGAUGGCUGCUGAUACUGCAUUAGAAUACAUGAAGAAUCGAGUUGGGGGCUUGGGAGGUGUCAUUGUUGUUAGCAGUUCAGGAGAGUGGGCAGCAAGGUUCUCCACCAAGCAGAUGUCCUGGGCUACUGUAAAGGAUGACGAACUACAUUGUGGGAUUUACACUGGGGAGAGGCAUACAAAAUCUGUUGAUGAAGCACUUGCAUCUGAAAGUGAGGGAUUCUGAGAAUGAAGAAGCGUUGACUAUGACAGAAUGAAUAUCUCCAUUUUUUUGAUGGAGGACAGUAACAAUUGUUUUAAUCUUUCUUGAGAGAUCUGGACCUUAUUGAUUGAUUCGCAGACAUUGCUACACUUCUUAUACCCAAAAUAAAAGCUGGACAUAAUGGUCAUGGAUGUAUGUAUGGAUAUAUGGAUAGUGCUUACUGAUGCCUUUAGACAGUCAGGAGAUCCUCCAGGAGAAAGUUCAGUUUGAGAGCCAUAGGUUUCUGUGUUUGCAUUCUUUAAUCCUACAUUAAAGGGAGCCUAAAUUUCAGGAAUAGAAAAACUCCUGUCAUGCCUGUUCUCAGAUGCUGCUUCCAGGAUGGUUAAAGAGAUGAAUUUUUACUAACUAAAAACUAAAUUAUGAAAAUGACUAGCUCUCCAGUGCAUCUUGAGCAGUCAUACCUUGAUAGAAAAGUUAUUACUGCCAGUGAAAAAUCAUCAAACAGUAGUAAAAAGUUAAGACUAAUUUAUUGUCACAGGCUUGAGAUAACUGCCAUCUGAGAAAAUAAUUAAGUAAAGAAAAUAGCUUUUCUCCAGAGUUUGGAACUGUGACACUUUGUAAGGAGUCUUAGUCUACUCCAUUCAUUGGCAUCAUGCCUAGAACUAAAAACCAGAGACCACAACACAGUAGGCUACAGUAUUUUGAAGUUUAUGUGGAUAGGUAGCAGGAAAGAUACUGUGGAUUUAAUACCUGGAAUAGUAAUAAGCUCGUUAUUUCAAUAAAUAUAAAUAAAACAGCAGUCUUCUCAAAUGCAAAUUGAUGGUCAUCUUGUAAGGCUAAAAGAGAGAUUAUGAUUACUUGGAAAAUAAUGAUCUAAAAUCAGCAAUAAAAGCAAACUGUAUUGCAACAAA